GCGACGUCGGCGCUCGACACGGAGAGCGAGCGCAUCGUGCAAGAGUCGUUGGACCGUCUCCUCAGGCAGAAGCGCCGUACGACCGUGAUUGUCGCUCACCGCUUGUCGACGAUCCGCAACGCCGACAUGAUCGCAGUUGUCAACGACGGCAAGGUGUGCGAGCUCGGCACGCACGACGAGCUGGUGAACCUCCCGAACGGCCUCUACGCCAACUUGGUCGCGCGUCAGAUGCAGCAUUAA